UAUUAAGCCUUAUUAAAUCGAUGGAGCUACAGACGAUAGAGAAACCAGUAGAUCUGUAUUGGAGCGUAAGGUGCGUUGUGCCAAUGCAAUGAAAGCGGCUGGUCUUAAAGUAGGGGAUGUGGUAAUUCUGAUGGCGCCUAACCACAUAGACCUGGUGAUACCUUAUUACGCGGCUUUAUACCUCGGCGUCAUCGUAGCUGCUGUAGAUAGGACUUUGGAUGCCCAGUACCUCCGUAAUUCUUUCAACAUCAACAGACCUAGAAUGGUGUUUUGUCAAAACGAAAAAGUGUCAGAUAUUCAACGUGCUCUUGAUGGACUAGAACUCGAUACACUCAUUGUCACGUUUGAUAAGGGCGACCUUUGUAGUUUCAAUAAAUUCCUUGAGCGUGGUAUGAACGGUCCUAGUGUAGACGAAUUCAGGCCUACCGAUUUCAACCCUGAAGACACCAUAGGUUUACUUAUUGCUACAAGCGGCACUACUGGUCUACCAAAAUCUGUUGCGGUCACCCACAAAAGUUUAGCCAUAAGUGGACCUUAUAUUUGGUCGAGAUUUCACAACUUUCCAACUCCUACGGAAAUAGCACUGGUCGGAUCACCGCUGCACUGGUUGACAGCCCUAAUUAAUUUCUAUCUAUCUACAAUUUUCCGAUACACAAGGUUGCAGUCAUCAAUGGAUUUGACGCAGAAACAUGCUUACCACUUGAUCAACACAUACAGACCUACUUUCACAAUAUUCAGUCCAACCGCAAUGACGACAUUGCUAAAAUCAGAUGAUCGGGAUCAAUGUGACUUCACGUGUUUCGAUAUAAUCAUGCUAGGGGGUAGUGCUGUCCCUCGAGAUCUUAUUGGAGAAAUUAAGGUAAAACACACGAAGGAAAUUUCUAUAGAAACAAUACAUUGUAUAAUUUCAUAAUCUCUCGCGAUCCCUUUUAA